CCAGCUGUCUGCUUUCACCAGGACUGCAGCCCCCCAGGCAGCAGUGCUCAGCGAGCCCCCAUCAUCUCCAAGAAUAAACUCUGAAGCCAGCGGCUGUGUGGAUCUGAAUCAUCAGGGAGCUGUCAGAGGAGGGGGAGUGACUUCCCGGGACAGGCAAGCCAACUAUAUAAGCCCCAGAGGGCUGGGUGCCUCUCAGAUCUCUUUCACAGCCACUGCCUUCCAGGGAGCAGUUCCCCAUACCCACCAUGUCCCAGGCUGACACUCAGGAAGCCCCCAUCAAGAAGAAGCGCCCCCCUGUGAAGGAGGAGGACCUGAAGGGGGCCCGAGGGAAGCUGACCAAGAACCAGGAGAUCAAGUCCAAGACCUACCAGGUCAUGCAGGAGUGUGAGCAAGCUGGUUCUGCCGCCCCAUCGGUGUUCAGCCUCGCCCGGACUGGCACCGAGACUGUUUUUGAGAAGCCCAAAGCCGGACCCGCCAAGAGUGUCUUUGGCUGAGAAGUGCGCACCACGCCCCUCACCGUCAGCAACACCUAGACACAGGAGCCUUUCCCAAGAACUCUUUUUUUAUGCCAGAGCAUAGCUUCUCACCCGCGGCCUCUGGGAUUGGCACCCUCCCCAACAGCCCUGGCCCCUGAGCCCAGGGACUCUGCACCAGCACCUGGGCAACACCAAUAAAGAGGAUGCCCAAGUGGCCCCAGCAUUUGGAGGGUGUUGGUUGGUCACUGGCCAUGGCCACUAAAUGCAGGGGAGGGGUGGGCAACGUAGGUGUGGGGCAUGUUCUGUACGCUUCUCAGCUUUGGGGAUGGCCCCAGAGGAUAAUGCAGGUGCCAUUAUGGCCACUGCCACGUACUAGAAAAAACCUUGGGUGUGGAGACCUGGAGCUGAUCUGUGUGACUUCAGACUGUCUCUCCUCCUUUUCUGAGCCUGUUUCCCCUUGUAUGAGGCAAGGGAGCCUGUUGCGCAAAACAGGCCAUAGUCACACUGCUCAGAGUGAAGCAGGUGGGGGCCUGGGGCUCACCCUUCCCUUGGUUU